CAUAGAGGACAUCAAUCGAGCGGCCUUACAUGCAUGUGGUCUUGUCAGUCAUCUCACUUUGCUUCCUUGCUCCAUUUUGUUCUGUGAUUGCGUGUGCCGGUGUAUUGGCACGUGUGUACUUGUGUGUAUGUGACUGUGUGAUCACUGCCUGCAAAGGAAGGAGACAAAAAGCAGACCUGCUGCCGCAACCUGGCUUACAAGAGUUGUUUACUUUCUUUUAUCUUGUGCAAAGAACUAAAGUUUAACAGGGUUUAGGGUGGGGACUGAACUAGACUGGAAGAUCCGGUUCCUUCUUUUGUGACGGUUGAAAAUGGCAGCUUUGCGUCGUGGCCUAGUGUGGCUGCUGCUAGCACUGCUGAGUGUCGGAGUAUGGACUCAGGUAGCAGUGGAGGAAGAGGAGGAAGAGAGCCAGGAUGAAGCAGAGGAGCUGGGGGAAUUAAAGACAGAAGAAACUGACGAAGAAGGUGAAGAAGCGUCUGAUGAGGAAGCACAGGAUCCAGGUGGAGAGAGUGAUGAAGAGGAAAAGGAAGAAACAGAAGCAGAUGAUGAUGAUGAUGAUGAGGAGGAGGAGGAGGAGGAGGAGGAAGAAGAAGUAGUAAGUGAAGUGGAUAAAACAACUGAGGAAAAAUCUGCAGACGAAGGCACUUCGGAGGAGGAAGAAGAUGAUGAGGAAGAAGACGAUGCAGAGGAGGGUGAAGCUGAUGAGGAGGAUGAUGUAGAGGAGGAAGAGGCCGACAACGAAGUCAGCAAGGACGAGGGUGAAGGAGAUGAAGAUGCAGAGGAGGAUCAGGCUGACGAUGGAGAUGAGGAGGAAGAAACAGAAGAGGAGGAAGGGGAGGAGAUUAGUGUGUCUGAUGACAAAGAUGGCAGUGAGGAAGAUGAUGAUGAUGAUGAUGAUGAAGAGGUAAAGGAUAACGAAGAACAAGCGGAAGAUUUUGAUGAGGACGAGGCCAAAGACGAGGAAGAUGAAGCUCGGGAUCAAGCUGAAGAACAAACUGGUGAUGAUGAAAAUUCAGAGACCAAAACCUCAACACAGUAUCACAGUGGAUCUCUGUGUACCAUGUGCUCCAUCUGUGAGCACUGCAGUAGUUGUGAUAAAUGCCCGUGUGAGGCAGGAGACUCAUCGGCACAUUGCCAACACUGUGACCGGUGUUCCUACUGCUACGCAUGUCCCGUGAUCUGUGAGACAAUAUGUGAGCCAGGUGGCUUUAUGGAUGUGAUGUCUGGGACAGUGUACGAAACUCUUGCUGCAUAUUUCUGAGAACUUUUCACAUCGUCUCCUGUGCCAUCCUGUGGAGAAGAGCAAGAGUAAAGCUCAGAGUGAAUUUAAAAAGAAAAGUGCCGCAGUCUGAAACGUGAUCUUCGAUCUCUCCGUGCUAUGAAAAUUCAUAUUAACAGGAUGGAGAUAUUUAACAGAUCAGAUAUUUUAAAUGAGUUUUUUGUUGUUGUUGUUGUUGUUUUUGUUUACAUGAAUUCUUUUAUCAGAAAUGGCAACAAUAAAAUACAGACUAUUUGUUUUUAGUUGCAUUCAUUAAACUUAUGAUGAAAGACUUGUA